CAGAUAUAAUGCCCGAACAAUUUUCUCAAGAAACUCUGACCGAAAUUUUCAAAUAUCUUAAUGUUGACGAACAUGGAUCGGAUGAUUUAUUUAACUGCCUUCUAAUGAAUCGAUAUUGGUGUAAAGCCGCCAUUCCUGUCCUUUGGUCGGCCCCCUUUAAAUACGCCGAUGUGUUACCACUCGAUGGAGUUAUUGAUGCAUAUGUAGCUUGUCUGACUAAAAAAGAACGCGAAGAAUUGUUAGGAAAAGGGACCAUCAUUGAUCACCCAAUACCGAAAAGAGUUGCAUUCGAUUACAUCAAUUAUCUUAGAGACUUUAAUUACUUUGGUCUUAUGGCAUCAUUAUUUCAUUGGGGUUGUAGCAGUACUGGAGUUUACAAGAUUAACAAUUUAUAUCGUAACAUGUUACCGGCUUUUCUUCGGAUUUUUGCGAGGCGCAGGAUUAGACUAAAAUCCUUGGAGCUCGUUAAUCGCGAUGGACUUGGGGUUUGGGAAAAUGAAUUCAUGCACCUUGUGAGACCAGAAAAUCGUCGAUUGAUUGAAUCUGUUCAAAAACUUUAUCUAGACAUGGAAAUUGUAGAUGGAAAUUUUUUUACUAGACUCAGCGAUGUUUGUCGAAACUUGAAAUCUCUGCACAUAAUUAUACAUUCAAAAUGUAGCGUGAAAGUCAUGCAAGAUUUCAAAAACUACUUUAGUCAUAUUCUUCCUGCACUGGUUACUCAAGCAUAUUCAUUACAUAGAGUUGAAUUCAUCAAAGCGGAUUUUACAAAGUGCGAAUCUUUUGAUGGACUAUUAUUUUGCGAAAAUUUAGAGAUGUUAAAGUUCACAGAAUGUUGUAAUAUUGACAAAAAUUUACUUGAGCCUUUGUUUAAAGUAAAAUUUAAAAAGCACGCGGUGAUGGAAAUGGAAAACAUGGAUUAUAAUGUGGAUGCUUUAAAAAAGUUGAAGAAAAAGUCUUAA